AUUUCUUUUAGAUUCAUCGUCUUCAUCACUUUUCACCAGCUCUGCACGAAUUACUAAAACUCAGGUUUCCUCCAUAGUUAUGGAAGAACCACGUCAACAACCAGAAUCUCUAUCCAAUUGCCGUAACGUUCCAGAAGUCGCAUACUAUGUGAGGAGCAAGGUUGAGCUCUGUAUCCAAAACUACAUGAGCUUGGACGUAACCGCUAAGUACCUCGAGAAGACUCACCACAUUAGUAAAAGUGUCACCCGCAUAGUUUGGGAGCAGCUUCGAGAAGAGAAUCCACUUUUCUUCAGUCACUUCGAGAUGAGAUGCCAGAUGGCUCUCCAGAUGAGGAUGUUCAAUGAUAUGCUGACUAAGCAAGCUGUUGGGAUGUUCGAGCAUGGACUUCUUGAUAUCUGUGAUGCUUCUCCUUCUGUUAGGGCUUUGCUUCGUCGAGAACAGCCUGAAAGAGUUCAUCUUCUGGAGACAUUAGCUUCCAAGACAAAGCUGAGUUCUGCAGGCUUUGUAGCAUUGCCUUAUGGUCCAUCAGUUGCACAGAUUCUUAAUAAUCAGCAAGAUCAAGUGCUUAAUUCUGCAAGCUUUUCAAUGCCUAAUCUAAAUGGUCCAUUAGUUGCACAGUCGCAGAAUCCUUAUUAUCAGCAAAAUCAAGUGCCAAAUCCUUAUGAUCAGCAAUAUCAAGUCCUUAGUUCUGCAAGAUUAGCAUUGUCUAAUCCAAAUGGUCCAUCAGCUGCACACAUGCAGAUUCUUCAUAAUCAGCAAGAACAAGUGCUUAAUAAUCCUGCAAGAUUUGCAAUGCCUAAUCCAAGUGGUGCAUCAGUUGUGCAGUCACAAAAUCCUUAUGAGCAAGUGCUUAAUUCUGAAAGCUUUGCAAUGCCUAAUCCCAGUGGUCCAUCAGUUGUACAGUCACAUAUGUCUAAUGAUCAGUCCAAUGAUCUCUUUUAUUCUGAAAUCUUAGCAGUGCCUGAUGCAAAUGGUCCACCAGUGACACAGCUGCCUAGUCCUUAUGAUCAUCAGCAGGAGCAGCAAGAUAAACACCUUUAUACUCCAAACACGCCAUCGCCAUAUGCAAAUGGUCCAUCAGUGACGCAGCUGCCUGUUCCUAAUAAUCAGCAGGAUCAACCCCAUCAGAAUCCAUCGCCUACAGAUAAUAAUGAUCUUAUUUCUCCAACCGUUGCACCAGCAGAUAAUGAUGAUUGGCUUCAAUUUAUUGAUCCUGCUGCACUUCCCGACUUUGGAGAUCUACCACCAUCAGAUACUACUACUACUAAUCCAUGGUCUUCAUUUGAUUAUACUUCCUGGUUUGAUCCUUUGCCAGAAGAACCUUCUAUGUUUGAGCUUGGAGGCGAUAUGAUGUCAGCAGGAAUGGAUCUUGAUGAGCAGGAACAACACCUAGAUGGACAAUACCAACCCCAUUGGCAACAGCAGCAGCAGCAAAACGUCCAAGUAGAAGGAAACAAUGGGCUGGAAAAUGGUGAUGACUUUGACAUAGCCCCGCCAAUGCAAACGGACACAAGCGAGCAACUAGCAGGAGGAGUAAACCAUCAUCAUCCUGUCUCUGAAGCUUUGAACAAUCCAGAAAGUGGCGUUACUGGACAUAACGGACCGAGUGACUCAUAUAUCAAAACAGCAGAACAGCCACAAGACCUAAACGGACAUUACCAGCCGCAACAAAACGUUCCAGUAGAAGAAACGCUGCAACGUGGAGGAAGAAGCAACGGGGUGGUAAAUGGAGAAAGCAAUGACAAAAGCCAUUCAAAGCGAAUGUGUACAAGCCGCGUUCAUCAGUCAGGAAGAGUGAAACGUCACCAUCCUGAACAUGAAGCUCUGAACAAUCCAAAUAGUGGUAAUGGGAGUCAAACAACGGGUGUAAAGCAGCAAAGAUCUCCAGAGGCAAGAGCAACGACAAGGUCCCUGAAAGAAUGGGAGCAAUAUGAGAGCGAAGAAACCAAACAGUAGUGUUUUUUUCUUGUUUUUUUUUUUUCAGUUGAGCUUUCUCGUAUCUUUCUUCUUGUAAGACCACAAGACUUUUAGGAGAUUUAUUGAUAAAACUGUCCCAAGUUGGAGA